AUGGCUGCAAUUAAUAUCGCACACUGCAAAAGCGAAUUUACGAAGCAAUUACAAGAGCUUGAGCAGUUAUCAUCUCAGGCAGCCGUUCACAAAAGAAAAUUCGAAUUUUCUGUGACAAUUGUUCGAAGAUUUGUUUUAUCUUAUUCACAAGUCGAUGACUCGCUAACCCUUACGUCUAAUCAAUGCGUAGCAUAUAAUAAAAUUUGCUCUGACUUGAAUGAACUUCAUGGAUUAUUUUGUCAAUAUCAAAUACACUGCUGGGCUCAAACAACCAUUGAAAACCCAAGUGAUUCAGUUGUAACAUUAUUAUGCACAAUAUUUAAGCGACUAAAAUCAAAUGUUGCCGCUUUAGAUGAAAUUUCUUCUUCAAUUAUUGAAUAUGAUUCUCCUCAAUGGAUGCAACUCCAUAUCUUAGAUCUCAAGUCCAUUGCAACAUCGUUCUCGAUUUACUUAAAAGAUGCAAAAUCAAGCGAUUCUGUAACAAAAUUAAUCGAAGAUAGACUUCAGUCAAUCAAUAACUUCGUUAAAGAAUACGAGAGUGAAUCUCAAGACAAAAGGUCUUGCAUAUUUUCUCCAAUUCCUUUUGUUUAUCAACAAUGGAGAAUUAAUCUUGAAGAUUUCGAAAUGAUCAAAGAAAUUGGCAGUGGAAUCUCAUCAAAUGUUUUCUACGGAAGGUGUAAAUCAACAGGACUUCCUGUUGCCAUCAAGAAAUUAAAAUUCAAAAAAUUAACCGGUAUAAAACUACAAACAUUUCAGCGUGAGAUAUCCAUAUUAGCAGCUACAUCUCAUCCAUGUCUUCUUAAGUUCGUAGGAGCUACAGAUACCCAACCUUACUGCAUAAUUACGGAAUGGAUGGACAGAGAUACAUUAUAUCGCGAAUUACAUAAGACAAAAAUGCUCAAUGCCACCAAGAAGACCAUUGUAGCUUUCGAUAUCGCACGAGGAAUGCAAUACUUACAUUCGAAACAUAUAAUUCAUCGUGAUUUGAAGUCAUUGAACGUUUUACUUAAUGAAGAAGGACAAGCCAAGAUCGGCGAUUUCGGAUACUCCCGUUCUUACGAUUCAGAAGACUCUCUUCUCACACAAAACAUCGGAACUCCACAUUGGAUGGCCCCAGAAUUAUUGGAUGGAACAACAAACUACACGAACAAAGUCGAUGUUUACGCAUACGCCAUUGUUUUGUGGGAAAUCAUCACAGGAUUACAGCCAUACCAAGGUUUGGAUCCUCCGCAAAUCAUUGCACAAGUAAUGAUACAUGAUUUAAGGCCUCCUUUGCCACAAACAGUGAAUCCUGGCCUUAAAGACUUGAUCACGAGAUGCUGGGAUAGAAAUCCAGAUAGAAGACCGAGUUUUGAAGAAAUUGUCAAAAUGUUCUAUAAAAACCAGAUCAUUUUCAAUGGUGGAGACAAAGAAGAGUUCAUGAAUUACGUUAAGCAGCAAAUAGGUGAUGAAAUAGAGAAAGAAAAUGAAUUUGAAAGCAAACUUUUAAUGGCACAAAAAGAUGAACAAGCGCUGAACUCAAUGGUUGAUGAGUUCCAGAAAUCAGGAAUACCAGAAGAAAUGUUACAAAGAUGCUGGGAAACAUUGGAAAAGUUCCCACAGGCUUCUCCAGUAACAAUUGGUCACUUUUGCGUAUUAUUCUUAAAAACAAAACUCAAAUCUAAAGCUGUAAAAGUUUUAAGGAUGUUACCAACAGGAUCAGUGAAUGCAACUAUAUUAAAGGAUUAUGUUGCAAGUAUUCCUUCAGGAGCAAAUGAUUUUGAUGAUGACAUUUGCAUGUGCGCUUGUAAAAACGGAUGUGCUGAUAUUGUUGUUGUUUAUUCCUCGAGUUAUAAGAUAUUAAAAGUUGCAAUGGAAGUUGUUGCCGAACAAGGAGCAAAUGACGACUUGAGAGCUGCUGUUGCUGAUAAAUGCACACAGUACUUGAACUCUAGUGAUAGAGCAAUCUGUUGCUCAGCUUUAAGAUGCUUAAUUGGAAUAGGAGAAGCAAAAAGAAUUUCUGACCAAACACUCAAAAAUCUUUUAUCGUCAAAAGUGCCACAAUUGACGCAAAUUGCUUUGAUUGCAAUCCCUAUAUUAUCCAAGGCAAAUGAUAUACAAAUCAGCACUGAAAUCAUUGAUGCAUUGAUUGAAUUGUCAAAAAGUGACAAAAAUGCAGGAGAGAAUCUGAUCUCAAUUUGUAGCAAUCGCCAAACAUCGAGUAUAGUAUUAAACAAGUACUUGAGUAGAGAUCUGGGUGAUGUUAACUUAAUUACGAAGAUUUGCCUCAGUUCUGCAAUACAUAAAGAUUUAUUCCCUGUUAUUGCAGAAAUUACGAGAAAACUUAAUGCAGACAAUGCAUCAUCUGAUACUAGAUAUGCUUUAACUUUAAUUAAGAAAUAUAUUAAUCAAGAAUCUUCAUAA